CUUAUGUUCUUCAUUCUCUCCUCUAAAUUAAAUAUCUCAUCACUUUUAAUUAUUUUCCCUUUACCAUUACCACCCCUUUGCCUUGCCUGAUCUCUGCUUAGGCACGGCGAGGGAACGUAAUUUUCGCACCGGAGAGUCGUUAAAAUGACGUAUAAUACUCACCCUUUUCAGCUUUUAGAAAUUAAUGUUAUUUCUGCUCAGGAUUUAGCUCCGGUUUCGAAGUCUAUGCGUACUUACGCAGUCGUUUGGGUUCAUCCUGAGAGGAAAUUAACCACCAGGAUUGAUCAGAAUGGUCAUACAAAUCCGCAAUGGAACGAAAAAUUCGUGUUUCGAGUGGAUGAUACGUUCUUGAAUUCUGAAACGUCCUCGAUUAUGAUCGAAAUCUACGCGGCCGCUUGGCUUCGCGAUGUUCAGAUUGGCUCUGUCAGGGUUCUGAUAAGUAACUUGUUUCCUUCUCCUGCGAAUAAUAACUCGAAAAUGAGAUUCGUUGCGCUUCAGAUUCGUCGUCCUUCGGGUCGUCCGCAGGGGAUAUUAAAUAUGGGAGUUCAGCUUUUGGAUAAUACGAUGAGGAGUAUGCCUUUAUACACCGAGCUUAGCGCCUCAGGUAUCGGAUUCAACGAUCUAAUCGACGCGAAAACGAAUAAAAUUCCGUCCACAGAAGAAAAAACUGCAAAAUUACGCCGGACUAAGAGCGAUCACACCGAUUUAACAAUGACAGACGAAUUCGGAGUCAAAGGAAGCGCGGCGGCUAGGUCAUCCGUCGUAAACGGCGGUUCGUUAGUUAAUACAUCGUUGGUCAGAGCAAGAACCAGUACCAGCCACGAUAAAGAUAAAGAUAAAGACCAUAGCGUAGCUGGUAAUGGACACGGAAGCAUGAUUAACGGCUCCAUUUGCUCGGAUGUCGGACCUUCAGCUUCGGUAGUAGCAGCAGCAAUAGCAAAGGGGUUAAUCAAACCGCCUGGAAACGCAAGUACUCCGACGAGAAGCGGAGAGAGCACAUCGAUAAUCGAAGGGUGGACGGAGAGCGACAGCGUUGAAGGGCUAAGAACAAAGCUUGAAAGGUGGCGCACAGAGUUGCCUCCGAUUUACGACAGCGAUGCGAAGAAAAUGAAGUCGAAAAGCAGACGGAAACAUCAUAAUCGGAGACGGUCGGAGAAUCCAGGGUUGUUUACGUGUUUCGGAAAUGCAUUCGGAUGUGAGAUUUCGAUUACUUGCGGUGGAAGUAGCAGCAAGAAAUAUGACGGCAAGGUUUGCCAUUUAAGUUCUGUGGAUAGUCAAUCUUAUUUAUGAGUCAUUAACUUGGAUUAAAAAAUUAAAGAUUGACGGUGAUUAUGUCGAAGGGGCAUCCGUACGUUAAUUCAGCAGAUCAUGGCAGGAUAUAUAUAUUUUAGGUUUAUUAUUGUUUAUGCGAGAAUCGAGUCGAAUUGAGUCGAAUUGAAUUGAAUAUUCUCUUGUGCAUAUAAAUAUAUAUAGGCCGUCCAAAAGACUUUGUAGAAAGUUGAAGGAUGCAUACCGAUAAAAGGGUUGAUAUUUGAUAGGAUAUUAUUUGAGCUUUAAUUAUUUGUUUAUUUUUUUAUGUUAUUCUCAUUUUGUUUAAAUUCUUAAUCUACAAGAAAUUUAAUAUGUGAGAUCAAGAAA